GCGGCGGCGGCGGCGGCGCGGCAGUGGGCCGGCCGCGGAGGGGGAGGAGCGGGAGCUGAGCGAGGCGGGCGGGCGGGCGGAGGAUGGGGCCGUGCCCGGGCUCCCGCUGCAGCCGCCCGGGGACACGCCGUGCACCCUCCGGCUCGGGGCUCUCGCGGCGGCAUCUGUGGCAGCGUUAGCGGCGGCGGCGAGAGCGGCGUUCCCGGCGCUUCCUGGCCGUGCUUCUCCCUUCAGGCUGGGCGAAGAGAGGAGGCAGCGGCGGCGGCGGCACACCGGCGUCUCUCCCGCUGGAGAUUUCUUUCUGCUUUCCUCGUCGACUGACUGACUGGCCCCCCUCCCUUUUUUUGAGGAAGGGUGACCUCUUCUUUGGGACUGGAAAAAAUAUUUUUUUGAGGUGGGGGGAGGUGGGUGGCAGCAUCAGGGACUGCUUCUUCUCUUCUUUCAUCUCCCUUUCCUUCCCCCUCCGAGCCCGAAAAGCAAACCCCACAACUGCUCCAGCAUCCUCCUUCCCUUCCUCCACCGCUUCCAGUUGCGCCCUCUCCCCUCCUAAUUAUUUCAUUAUUAUGCUCCCCUCUCUGGGGGGUCUCGUCCCUGUCGGGUCGCUCGGAAGCCUUGGCCUCCCCUGGAUGCAUUUCUUAAAAAUUUUGGAGCCAGGGAGUGAGUUUUCUCUGAGGCGUGUGUGAGAGGCGGCGGGGGUGUUUUCCUGCGCGAGGGGCGGGUGAAGUUCAUUGCCCCCACUUUUCCCGCGACCUUUUUCGGACCGGAUUUGGAGUCGCGGGGGGCGGGCAGGCGUUUUCGGGGGGCGGGGGGCGCGGCGGAGAAUGGCCGCGGGGAGGGCUCCCCGGAGCCUCCCAGUCUCUUGAUCAAAGCAUUCCGCUAUUCUGAUUUAUUGCCUGCUUGGUGAGUUAUUUUUUUUUUUUUUCCCCUCUAAAGGAGACCUGUGUGUUCAGCCAUUACUUUGCUCGGCGCUGCUCACGGGAAUCUCCGACCCUCGGUGCUGUGGGCAGCCCCGCACUUGGGCUCCUCGCCUCUCGCCCUCGCUCCCGUCCCUCCUCCCUCUCUCCGCCCCUUCCCCCUUUUCUUUCUCCUCUCUUUCUUCCCCUCUCUCCCUUCUUUCGGCCGCCGUCUCCCCCGCGCCCUCCUCGGGGCGGAGGGAAGCCGAGAAGGGGGAGGGAGAGGUUGGUGUCAAUUUUUUUGUGCGGCCGCGGCCGGAGCCUGUGGCGGGCAGGCGGCGAGCGGGGAGACCCCGGCGCGGCAGAGCCAUGGAUGGCCCGACGCGGGGCCAUGGACUCCGCAAAAAGCGGCGGUCGCGGUCACAGCGAGACCGGGAGAGGCGCUCCCGGGGCGGGCUGGGGGCCGGCGCGGCCGGCGGCGGCGGGGCCGGCCGGACCCGGGCGCCCUCGCUCGCCUCGUCGUCGGGCUCCGACAAGGAAGACAAUGGGAAGCCCCCGUCCUCCGCCCCGUCCCGGCCCAGACCCCCGCGGAGGAAGCGGAGAGAGUCCACCUCGGCCGAAGAGGACAUCAUUGAUGGAUUUGCCAUGACCAGCUUUGUCACUUUUGAAGCGCUGGAGAAAGAUGUAGCACUUAAGCCUCAGGAACGCGUGGAGAAACGCCAGACCCCUCUGACCAAGAAGAAACGAGAAGCACUUACCAACGGCCUGUCCUUUCACUCCAAGAAGAGCCGACUCAGCCACCCGCACCACUACAGCUCAGACCGAGAAAAUGACCGCAACCUCUGCCAGCACCUCGGGAAGAGAAAGAAAAUGCCGAAGGGGCUCAGACAGCUCAGGCCGGGGCGGAACAGCUGCAGGGACAGCGCCAGUGAGAGCGCCAGUGGGGAAUCCAAAGGCUUCCACAGGAGCAGCUCCCGGGACAGGCUCAGCGACAGUUCAGCUCCUUCCAGCUUGGGAACAGGCUACUUCUGUGACAGCGACAGUGACCAGGAAGAGAAGGCCUCAGAUGCCAGCUCUGAAAAACUCUUCAAUACUGUUAUAAACAAAGAUCCGGAGCUCGGCGUCGGCGCGCUACCCCACCACGACGGCCACGAUGCGGGGCCCAUUGUCCCCAAGGUAUCGGGUCUAGAGCGGAGCCAGGAGAAGAGCCAGGACUGUGGCAAAGAGCCCCUGUUCGAGCCCGUGGUGCUGAAGGACGCGCGCCCUCAGGUCCCGCCGCCGCCGCCCCAGCCCCAGGCGGAGCCCCAGCCCCGAGCGCCGUCUCCGGACCCCGCGUCGGGGCCGCGCGCCGAGCCCCCGCCGCCGCCCCCACGCCCCGGCGCGCAGCCGCCGCCCGCGCCCCCGGAGGCCUCGCCGCAGCCCGCGCCGCCGCAGGCGCCCCGGCCGCCCCGGCCACAGUCCCCGGGGCCGCUGCCGCCCCAGGCCCUCCCGCCCGCGCAGGCCCACCCCGCCGCCCAGAGCCUCCCCCAGCCGCUGUCCGCCUACAACAGCAGCAGCCUGAGCCUCAACAGCCUCAGAAGACGGAGCAGACAGACCUGGCGAGCCCAGGUCACCAGCUUGCUCGUUUCCAUUGACGUGGCCCCUGUAGGAAGAGUGGCUGGCACAGGCAGUAGCAGAAGCAGCACUCCAGCGAAGACUCAGCCCGCCCCCCCUCACAUCUCCCACCACCCCUCGGCCUCCCCGUUCCCCCUGUCCCUGCCCAACCACAGCCCCCUGCACAGCUUCACGCCCACCCUCCAGCCCCCCGCACACUCACAUCACCCCAAUAUGUUUGCCCCUCCCACUGCUUUGCCUCCUCCACCACCUCUGACAUCUGGGAGUCUGCAGGUGCCCGGACACCCGGCCGGGAGCACUUACUCAGAGCAAGACCUCUUGCGCCAGGAACUGAACACGCGUUUUUUGGCCUCUCAGAGUGCUGACCGCGGGGCCUCCCUGGGCCCCCCGCCCUACCUGCGGACCGAGUUCCACCAGCACCAGCACCAGCACCAGCACACGCACCAGCACACGCACCAGCACACCUUCACGCCCUUCCCCCACGCCCUCCCGCCCACCGCCAUCAUGCCGACGCCGGCCCCGCCCAUGUUUGACAAAUACCCUACAAAAGUUGACCCAUUCUACCGGCACAGUCUCUUCCAUUCUUAUCCUCCGGCUGUAUCGGGCAUCCCCCCUAUGAUUCCGCCCACCGGCCCUUUUGGGUCGCUGCAAGGAGCUUUUCAGCCUAAGACGUCCAACCCAAUCGAUGUCGCCACCCGACCUGGGACGGUCCCACACACUCUUCUCCAAAAGGACCCGAGGUUGACAGAUCCUUUCAGACCUAUGUUAAGGAAACCAGGAAAGUGGUGCGCGAUGCACGUUCACAUUGCCUGGCAGAUCUACCACCACCAACAGAAAGUCAAGAAGCAGAUGCAGUCGGAUCCACACAAGCUGGACUUUGGCCUGAAGCCUGAGUUCCUGAGCCGUCCUCCAGGCCCCAGCCUCUUUGGAGCCAUCCACCACCCCCACGACCUGGCACGGCCUUCAACUUUGUUCUCCGCCGCUGGCGCUGCACACCCACCUGGGACCCCGUUUGGGCCGCCCCCCCAUCAUAGCAACUUUCUGAACCCCGCGGCCCACCUCGAGCCUUUUAAUCGGCCGUCUACGUUCACGGGCCUGGCAGCGGUUGGUGGCAACGCCUUCGGGGGACUUGGAAAUCCUUCAGUUACACCCAACUCAGUGUUCGGCCACAAGGAUGGCCCCAGUGUGCAGAGCUUUAGCAACCCUCACGAGCCCUGGAACCGGCUGCACCGAACGCCUCCGUCGUUCCCGACCCCUCCGCCCUGGCUGAAGCCAGGGGAGCUGGAGCGUAGCGCGUCCGCUGCAGCUCAUGACAGAGAUAGAGAUGUAGAUAAACGAGACUCCUCCGUUAGUAAAGAUGACAAAGAAAGGGAAAGCGUCGAGAAGAGACACUCCAGCCACCCCUCUCCAGCCCCCGUCCUCCCGGUGAGCACCCUGGGACACGGCCGCAGCUCCGGCGAACAGAUCAGGGGGCAUUUGAGCACCGAGGCUCGCGAGAAAGACAAGUGCAAGGACAGGGAGCGGGAGCACUCGGAAUCGCGCAAGGACCUGGGCGCCGACGAGCACAAGGCGAAGGAGGGCCCCCUGGCCGAGAAGGACGGCCACGGCCACGAGGGCCGCGCCGCGGGCGAGGAGGCCAAGCAGCUGGCCCGGGUGCCGUCGCCCUACGCGCGGGCGCCCGCCGCCGACAGCGCCCGGCCGGGCAGCGCCGCCAGCCGGGACGCCGAGCCGCGCAAGGGCGAGCCGGCCUACGAGAACCCCAAGAAGAGCGCCGAGAUCAAGGUCAAGGAGGAGCGCAAGGAGGACCACGACCUGCCCCCCGAGGCCCCUCCGACCCACCGGUCCUCGGAGCCGCCGCCCCCGCCGCCGCCGCCCAGCUCCUCGGCCGGCGUGCACCCGGGGCCCCUGGCCUCCAUGCCCGUGGCCGUGGGGAUGCCCGGGAUCCACCCCAUGAACAGCAUCAGCGGCCUGGACAGGACUCGCAUGAUGACGCCCUUCAUGGGCCUCAGCCCCAUCCCGGGAGGGGAGCGCUUCCCGUACCCUUCCUUCCACUGGGACCCCAUCCGGGACCCCCUAAGGGACCCUUACCGGGACCUGGACAUUCACCGCAGAGACCCGCUGGGCAGGGACUUCCUGCUGAGGAACGACCCUCUGCACCGGCUCUCGGCGCCGCGGCUGUACGAGGCCGACCGCUCCUUCCGGGACCGCGAGCCGCACGACUACAGCCACCACCACCACCACCACCACCACCACCCGCUGGCGGUGGACCCGCGGCGCGAGCACGAGCGCGCGGCGCAGCUGGACGAGCGCGAGCGCCUGCACGCGCUCCGCGAGGACUUCGAGCACCCGCGCCUGCACGCCGUGCACGCCGGCCCCCUGGACGGCCACCUGCCGCCCCCGGGGCUGCUCGCGCCGGGGCUGCCGAGCGUGCACUACCCGCGCAUCAGCCCCUCGGCGGGCCCCCAGAACGGACUGCUCAGCAAGGCGCCGCCGACGGCCGCGCUCAGCGCGCCGCCCCCGCUCAUCUCCACGCUGGGGGGCCGCCCCGUGUCCCCCCGCAGGACUACGCCCCUGUCCGCCGAGAUCAGGGAGCGGCCUCCCUCCCACACGCUGAAGGACAUCGAAGCCCGGUAAGGAGUGGACAGGACGCCCGGCGGGACACAGGGGCCCGCGGCCGCGCCGCGCCGGACUUGCGGGCCUGCCCUCCGCGCGCGCUGGCCAGGCCCGCGUCUCCAGCGCGGGUGGGGAGCCCCCAGCGCUUCCCUGUGUAUAAAAAAAAAAAUGUAUAGACUCGGUGCAGAUUUUGAAAUGUUUUUUGUAUAUUCUCUGUUGAAAUUUUUCAGAUCUUUUAGCUGAUUCAUACGUUCUCACGUCUCCCCACGCUUUUGGUUUGUCAUAUAAAACUUUUUUUGAUUUGAACCAAAACAGUUAAGAUGACAACACACACACCGACGCGGUGAUAAUUGGGGGGUGGGGGGGGGAAGCAGACAAGAGUCCACACUGUCCAUCGUGCAGAGAGCUCUUUGGGGUGAGAAGGGAAGGCCGUGUACAUAGUUAUGUAAAGAAAAAAAGGUGGGGGGGGGCUUGUUGCUUCAUGAGCUAAUGGUUCAUAUAUGCAAAAGGGUAAGAUGAAAGCUUUACUUUGUACAGAUGUAAAUAGAUAAAGAUUAAGUAACAUAAUACAUUAAUACUUCUUAAAAUGUGCUAUUUGCAGACUUAAUAUCAGCGAGCACAGCCAGCUUUGGCUGUGUUCCCCAUGUAUUGUUCUAGACAGCUAAACCCUUCAACUAUGCAAUGAAUGUUAGGGCUUUUCACAAAAGCCCGCCUAACUCAAAGGAGCCUUUUCAAGUCCAUUUACAACAUACUUAAGGUCAUAUUUUCCCUGAACAAGCACUUAACGUGAUAUGACUGUUUUCCUUGCUUGUUUUUUUCAAAUGGAGACUAACACCUGAUUUUGCAAAUUGGACCCCCAGGCUGAAACUUUGCAUCUGAAGUUGCUGCUUGUGGGCCUUGGGUGCAUGUAGGGGUGGGGAGAGGAGAGUACGGCCCUAGAGAGGUAAACCGAGGCCGUGACUGACCAACCAGGGCCAGGGAGGAUGGGAGUGGUCAGAUGCCAAAAUCAGGGAACACAAACAGGCCGCCAGCACCUUGUCACCAUCCGUCACGUGACUUCACACACCCCUCAUGUGGGAACCAUGCGUUUUUUCAGUGCGUCCUGUUUCCUAUCUGUACACCCCUCCUCAUUCUGUAAUGAGAUUCAGUUGCACCCAAACAGAUCCUGAAAGAAAGCUUCGCGUUUUCUCAGAUGAUGGAUAUGUUUUCACUGUAUUCAAUAACUGAUGAAGUUCAGGAGCACGUUCCCUAGCAUGACUUCACCGUGUUCCCGUCGGUAACCAAGUCCAGGAGGAGCCGAAGCAGGUCAGCUUUGUGGGGCCAGGGAGCGUUGCAGAGGGCGGAAGGUGGCAGGCAGAGAGAUGGUCUUGUGUGUGCGUGUGUUUUUGAGUUUUGCAUCAAUCUUACUGUCUCUUCAUGAUACUUUUAUCAUACAGUCAGCCUCUUGUCUACCUAAUUUGGAGAGAAUAUGACUUUACUAGCAGAGAUACAAUAUAUCUUGUCUACUGGACUGUAAAAUAUAUGUAUGAAAUAAAAUUAGUUCCAUUUGGUCUUCUAGUAUAUUAAAGUGCUAUCUGACGUUGUUAUCCUGUUUUUGCAAAAAAAAAAAAAAGUUAACUACAGACCAUUGUUUCUAAUAAGCAGAGAGAUCUAUUUUAGUAGUCAACUGAAGGUUUAGUUGUGAGCUUCAGAUUUUGUGAAUUCCAAAUGUUGUGCAGUGUUUUUGUUUUUUUUUUAAGACAACAACUAAAAAGGACAAAAAAAUAUCCAAGGAAUAUGUACACUGGAACCGUAGUGGUAGCUUUCAGUAUUGUAAAGAGAUUGUUCUAUACAGACCUUUUUGCUGUUCCUCCUGUAUGUAAUAAAGUCCUUUCUAGAUCCUAUGUGAAAAGAAAUGUGGAGCGACUUGAGUCUUCAGCAUGUUCUCAUCGGCGGAGCCUUCUUGUGUUAUGUAAACUGUGCCAUGUUAUUAAAAAAUGUGAACCAA